UGAAACCAGCGUCUUAGGUGUCAGCCCGAGCUCUUUUUGUCCAUCAAGUGUUCGUCAUAAGUUCUCAGCGAGUUGACCGUAAGAGUAGAACAACGAAACCAUUGCUAAUUUCGCGUCAAAAUGCUCAAAUCCAUAUUGAAACACCAAAAUCCGUGUCGAGUUAUCGUUAGUCGAUUCAAAACAUCCUCUGUCCAGUAUGUGGAAUCCAGAGCUAGGGACUCUACGUUUGAGAAACUGAUGGACAAAUACAAAAACCUUCUCAAAGUCAUUUCAAUACAAGAUCUUAUCCUUGCAAAUCCCACCAAUAACCCUCCUUCGGUCUCCCUUGAUUUCCUCUCCAGGCUCUCCCAAAAGCUACAUCUCAACCGUGGCGCUGCCUCUUUUCUCCGUAAAUACCCCCAUAUUUUCCACAUUUUCUAUGAUCCCAAUAAAUCUCAGACUUUCUGUAGGUUGACCGAUGCUGCUAUCUAUAUUUCCCGACAGGAAGCAGAAGCUAUCAAUGCUUCUCUGCCUUUAGUUGUUGAUCGCUUAGUAAGGCUUUUGUCUAUGUCGACAACCAAAUCAUUGCCUCUCCGUGCUGUUUUUAAAGUUUGGAGGGAACUUGGGUUGCCUGAUGAUUUCGAGGACUCGAUCAUAUCCCGGAAUCCUCACAUUUUCAGGCUUGUUGGUGCUCACGAACCUAAUACUCACAUUUUAACACUCACUGAUGAAAUGCGUGAUGAACGCUUUGUGGCUUCCGUCGAGAAUUGGCGAGUCACAGAGUGUUGUAAGGAGGACUGCGGUGUCGACAGAAUGGAAAUUCAAUAUAGUUUUAAACAUAGCUAUCCACCAGGGAUGAGGCUGAGAAGGGAUUUUAAAGCCAAGGUUAAGGAAUGGCAAAGAUUGCCUUACGUAGGGCCUUAUGAAGAGAUGGGAGAAAAGAAGAGAUCCAAGGCAGAAAUAAUGGCAGUAGAAAAACGGGCAGUGGCCGUUGUGCACGAGUUCUUGAGCUUGACGGUGGAGCGGAUGGUGGAGGUGGAGAAGAUUAGCCAUUUCAGGAAAUCGUUCGCCAUCGAUUUAAACAUAAGGGAUUUGUUCCUUGACCACCCGGGGAUGUUUUAUUUGUCAACCAAGGGUAAAAGACAUACUGUUUUUCUUAGAGAAGCAUAUGAAAGGGGCUGUUUGAUCUACUCGAAUACGGUUUAUAGUGCAAGGAGAAAGCUUCUAGACCUUGUUGUGCUGGGACGCCAUGCCAUGUUAACCAAUGAAUCAAGGUCAGUUGAAACUUGUCAAACUGUGAAACCUUGGGUAAAAGAUGAGAAUGGAGGAUAAAGGCUUUAGUUCAUUUUUAAGUGCCUUUUCUCUUGUUCUUUCCUAUGCACUUUGGUUCUAAGUUCUAGCAUGCUUGCAAACUUCAGCAUUGUUGUUUUAUUCUAACUCUGAGGCUUGCAUGCAUACAUUACACACAUAUAAUAUGUACGUAC